UCUUUUUUCUUAAUAAAAUUUUAAUUUUCUAUUUCUGAAACUGAGAUUCUCUUGUAACAAUUUCUUCUUAUUUGUUUCUUUUCUUUCCAUUUCCACUGUUCUCUCCGUGACUUGAUACUUGAUACCUCCGUCCUUUUAACAAACGCGUUGACCUCUUUCUUGGGUUCCGUUCCUCCACUCCAAAGUUUUGAUCUUUCACUAAAUUCUAAAGUUGAAACACAAUUUCUACUCAAUUGGGUCUAAUGGGUUUCUUCCAAAUCCUCAGAUUCCUCUGAAUUCAUCUGGGUUCAAUUUUUUUUGUUUUUCUGUGUUUACGUGUAUGUGGUUGUUGAUGGAUACCACGGAUUCAAAGGUUGUUAAAGAUGGUAAAAGCUAUAUGAUUGAUAAACCUGUGGUGAGUUGUGUUAUGGAUGAUGAGAAGGUUGAAGAUCAUGUGAAUGGUGAAGAUGAUAGUGAUUCUCAUUCUUUGUUGCCUCCUAGGAGAGGUGGAAUGUCACGGAACUGUGAUAAGACAAGAAGGAAAGUGCAGUGGAAUGAUAAGAAUGGUAAUAAGCUUGCUGAGGUGUUGGAAUAUGAACCAAGUGAAGUCAGUGACUCAGAAGACGAUGGAGAUUCAGAUUCUUGUAUCUGUACAAUAAUGUAGAAAUCAUCAUGUAUUAGUUGUCUCAAACUCUCUGGAUUAUUCAGGGUCAUAAUUGUAGCUUGCCAACCCUGAAUUGACCAAAUUAGAGACAAAGCAUGUUAGAUUUUUGUACUGAUGCGGGGCCCUGUAGUCUUAUAACCACGACAAAUGGCUUCUAGUGUCUACCGAUACAUGGAUUCAGUUCAUCUUACUGAAUUUCGAGAUGAUUUUUUACACGGACUUUGGGAUGAAUCUUCGGACGUAGGUUAAAAGAGCCUGCGAGACUCAAACACACUAAGUGCGGAGAAUAGAUGUAUUACGGAUUUGAACCUGCGUUCAAGCACAUCAAAUAUUUCCACAAUUUUUAUCAUCUCAGCUUCACUUGAGGUGAUUCAAGUAUUCACUCCCAAGUAAAUGUGCUGAAACCUGGCUCUUCAUUGUGCUCUUGAUUCUUGAAUUUUUCAUGUCAGACAUAUGAGUUUUGUACACAAUGAGUCUAUUCGAUGCGUUUACCUUGACGAUAUCUUUGUAAUUUUUGUAUUAAAUAUGAAUGAAUUAGGAAAACUUCUCAUGAGCUAAGUCGAGUCUAUAAAAUUUAUUGAAAAUGGGAAUUUUAUCGAUAUUUUAUUGAUUUA